AUUUCAACCGAGCCGAGUGGGCGAAACAGAGAGAGAACCGGGACGCGCACAUUUCAGCAGGCACCCGCGGAGGAUGGCGACGCCGAUGGCCGGGGAGGCGCCGAUCGCGCACUCGGUGGUGCCGCUCUCGCCCCCUCGUCCCCUAGCCGCGGGGGGGUCGGCGGCCGAGGCGCCGGUGCUGAUACUCGUCUACUUCCACAAGGCGAUCCGCGCGGAGCUGGAGGGGAUGCACGCCGCGGCCGUGCGGCUCGCGACGGAGCGCGCGGGGGACGUGGCGGCGCUCGAGGGGCGCUGCCGGUUCCUCUUCUCCGUCUACAGGCACCACUGCGACGCCGAGGACGCGGUUAUUUUUCCAGCACUUGAUAUUCGAGUGAAAAAUGUCGCAGGGACAUAUUCUCUUGAACACAAUGGCGAAAAUGAUUUCUUUGCACAUCUAUUCGUCCUGCUACAGCUAGAUGUGCAGAAUGAUGAUGAUAUUCGAAGGGAACUUGCAUCCUGUACUGGAGCACUUCAAACGUUUCUAACCCAACAUAUGUCCAAGGAAGAAGAACAGGUCUUCCCGUUGCUUAUCAAGAAAUUUUCACACGAAGAGCAAGCUGAUUUAGUAUGGCAGUUCUUAUGCAGCAUCCCCGUUAAUAUGAUGGCAGAGUUCCUUCCGUGGCUUUCAGCUUCUGUUUCACCUGAUGAGCACCGAGAUAUUCUUGACUGCUUGCGUAAAAUUGUUCCUGAAGAGAAACUUCUCCAAGAGAUUGUAUUCGCAUGGAUUGGAGGGAAAACAUUGAGAACAGUGGCACAAGAUUUCUGUGAUCCUAAAUCAAAAGGAAGUUUUAGAUGUCAGGAUACCUCUGAUGAAACAGAUAAACAUGCACGGUCACUUGAGCAUUCCAAAACUGGAAAGAGAAAGUGCACAGAAUCUAGUCAUAGCCAGCUUGUCACGCAUCCAAUUGAUGAGAUUCUGUAUUGGCACAAUGCUGUCCGGAGUGAACUGAGUGCUAUAGCAGAGGAGACAAGAAAUAUCCAGCAAUCUGGAGACUUCUCUGACAUAUCAGCCUUUAAUGUAAGGCUGCAAUUCAUUGCAGAUGUGUGCGUUUUCCACAGUAUUGCCGAGGAUCAAGUUAUAUUCCCAGCAGUCGAUGGUGAAUUGUCCUUUGUAAAGGAGCAUGCUGACGAAGAGCAGAGCUUUAAUAAAUUUAGAUGUUUAAUUCAACAAAUCCAAAUAGCAGGAGCAAGAUCAACUGCAGUGGAUUUUUACUCUGAGUUAUGUUCACAAGCUGAUCAGAUAAUGCAGAAAAUCGAGAGGCAAUUCAAUGAUGAGGAAACAAAGGUACUUCCUGAAGCUAGAAUAAAUUUCUCACAAGAGAAACAAAGGGAACUGUUAUAUAGGAGUCUCUGUGUCAUGCCAUUGAAGUUACUGGAACGUGUAUUACCAUGGUUUGCAGCGAAGCUUAAUGAUGCAGAGGUGGUAUAUUUUCUUCAGAAUAUGCAAUUGGCAGCACCUUCCUCUGAAACUGCAUUGGUCAGUCUUCUCUCUGGCUGGGCAUGCAAAGGUCGUUUGGAGGACACAUCCAACUCUGGAAAGUUUGUAUGCUUGAAAUCACGAGCAGUGAGCUGCGCAUUGGGUGGAGAAGAAUUAAAAAAAUGUCAGUCAUUCUGUCCAUGUUCUAUUGGUAGCAAGGGAGCCUUUUCUCUACUAUUGCAAUCAGAAAAUGGUUCCAGGCCAGCCAAGCGUUUAAGUCAUGCAGAAUCUAGUACCAAUAUUAAUAGACGUCAUUGCUCACAAAAUACUGACAUCGAAGCAUCUCCAUGUGCCAGCAGACCUUGUUACAUUCCUAGGUUAAGAGUAGAAAGUAGUGACCUCGGUGUUAGUUCAUUUGCCUCUGCAAAGGCCUUGCGCUCUCUGCCUUACAAUUCUGCACCUUCAUUAUAUUCAAGCCUUUUUUCAUGGGAGACAGAUGCAGAAUUUUCUGGCCCAGAUAACCUUUCUAGGCCAAUUGACACCAUAUUCAAAUUUCAUAAGGCAAUUCGCAAGGAUUUAGAAUAUUUAGAUGUUGAGUCUGGAAAGUUUAUCGAUGGGGAUGAAUCUAGUCUUCGCCAAUUCAUCGGACGGUUUCGUUUACUGUGGGGUCUUUAUAGAGCACACAGCAAUGCUGAAGAUGAGACUGUAUUUCCUGCUCUUGAAUCAAAAGAGACACUGCACAAUGUCAGCCACUCGUACACCCUUGACCACAAGCAGGGAGAAAAACUGUUUAAAGAUAUAUCCAGUGUUCUAUUUGAGCUUUCACAACUACAUGAUGAUUUGAGCCAUCCCUUUGAUGAAGUUGAUAAAGCUGGAACAAUUUUUAUUUGUUCAGAUAACAAGAUUGAUUGGACCAGAAAGCAUAAUGAACUUUUGACGAAGCUUCAAGGAAUGUGCAAGUCUAUCCGGGUCACCUUGUCUAAUCAUGUUCAUAGAGAAGAACUUGAGUUGUGGCCAUUGUUUGAUAAACACUUUUCUAUAGAGGAGCAGGAUAAGAUUAUCGGUCGUAUAAUUGGAACAACAGGCGCCGAGGUUCUGCAGUCAAUGUUACCUUGGGUUACAUCAGCACUUAGUCUAGAGGAACAAAAUAAAAUGCUGGAUACAUGGAGGCAAGCAACUAAGAAUACAAUGUUCGAUGAAUGGCUAAAUGAAUGGUGGAAGGGACCUUCAACUUCGUCUGGCCCUUCAAACAAGGCCUCUUCUCCUCCAGAAGAAAGUCAUUUUCAGGGGAAUCUUGAACAGAGUGACCAGAUGUUUAAGCCUGGUUGGAAGGACAUCUUCCGAAUGAACCAGAGUGAGCUGGAGGCUGAGAUACGAAAGGUUUCUCGAGAUUCUACUCUUGAUCCAAGGAGAAAGGCCUAUCUGAUCCAAAAUCUCAUGACCAGCCGCUGGAUAGCUUCUCAGCAGAAAUCACUGGAGUCAAGUGCAGAACAUAAUAAUAGAUGCACAGGAAUACCUGGAUGCAUUCCUUCAUAUCGAGAUCCAGAUAGACAAGUAUUUGGUUGUGAACAUUACAAACGAAACUGCAAGGUUGUUGCUGUAUGCUGCAAUAAGCUGUUCACAUGCAGAUUCUGUCAUGAUGAAGUCAGUGACCAUACAAUGGAAAGGAAAGCAACGAUGGAGAUGAUGUGCAUGCUAUGCCUGAAAGUUCAGCCGGUUGGUCCAAAUUGCCAAACCGCUUCUUGCAAUGGGCUAUCCAUGGCAAAGUAUUACUGUAGCAUAUGCAAGUUUUUUGAUGACGAAAGGACCGUCUACCAUUGUCCUUUCUGUAAUUUGUGUCGUCUUGGGGAAGGAUUGGGUACUGAUUUCUUCCAUUGCAUGAAGUGCAAUUGUUGCCUUAGCAUUAAAUUGAUAAAACACAAAUGCCGAGAAAAGAUGCUAGAGAUGAAUUGCCCAAUCUGUUGCAACUUCAUAUUUACAUCAAGUGCACCAGUUAGAGGUCUUCCUUGUGGCCAUUUCAUACAUUCAGCUUGUUUUCAGGCAUAUACUUGCACUCACUACACUUGUCCAAUCUGCUGCAAAUCCUUGGGAGAUAUGACGGUGUAUUUUGGCAUGCUUGAUGAUUUGCUGGCUGCGGAGCAGCUUCCUGAGGAAUACCGGGACCGGUGUCAGGACAUACUUUGUAACGACUGUGAGAGAAAAGGUAGAUCUCGAUUCCAUUGGCUGUAUCACAAAUGUGGCUUCUGUGGUUCGUAUAACACCAGAGUUAUCAAAACUGAUACGGUAGAGUGGUCUACAUCAAAUUAACCAGGCGAGAUCCCCCCCCCCCCCUCAAACCCCAUUCUGCCUUUUGUUUCUUCUAUUUUUUGAACUUUGCUUUUUCUUUUUUUGGUGCGAUUCAUUGUUGUAAAUAUUUUUUGGUGCGAUUUUUUGAAGUUUCGGGACAGAAACUUUGUGUUCGUAGCUGUGAUAGCUAUGCUACUCAGUUCAUAGCCAGAUUGUCCUGGGACACUGCCCGGUUCCAGCCUACGAUCGCUCCACCUGGAUCAGCGUUGGGGGCAUCGGCGGUGCCGGGUCGCGACCUAAGCGUCGAGUAGUGCACCAUUGCC